AUGGGUGCAGGAUCCAGUCACACCGCAGAGUCUGACUACGAUAUUGUCUACCCGGUCAAGGUGUCCGAGAGGGGAUUCUUUCUCUCCUACAACCUGUCCCACCGCUUCCUCUACAAAAGGGCCACCUCCUCUCAGAACUCCCUGCGGUCCUUCUACCAGCUGCGCCACCAGGGACGUCAGCUGAGCUUCCGCCUGCGCCUGAACGGCCACCUCCUGGCUCCCGGGUUUGUUAGCGAGAGGCGAUACGGAGGCAUAGCUCAUGCCAAGAUCUGGGCUGACGGGCAGAACUCUUGCCACAUGAUUGGGUCGGUUCAGAAUGAGGAACGGGAACGUGGAUUGGCUGCACUCAGCACCUGCGACGGGCUGAAAGGUGUCUUCCGGCUGGCUGACGAGGACUUCUUCAUCGAGCCGCUCUCUGCAGGCGAGCCCCGGGGGAACGCAGCCCAACCCCACAAGAUCUAUCGACGCAGCGCUUCCGAAUACGAGGCAGAAGAGCUGAUCGCUGUGGCAAACACCAAGCCCGCAGAUGUCAGGAUGUGUGGAGCGCAAGGUAACGAUAAGUCCGAGAAGCGGAGGGAGCGGUGGGAACAGAAGCAGCCGAGGAGGCGCCAGAUCAAGCAACGCUCCGUCAGCAAGGAGAAGUGGGUGGAGACCUUGGUGGUCGCCGACACCAAGAUGGUGGAGUACCACGGGAGUGAGAAUGUGGAGAAGUACGUCCUGACUGUCAUGAACAUGGUGGCAGGUUUAUUCCAUGACGCCAGCAUCGGGAACCCCAUCCACAUCUCCAUUGUGCGCCUGAUCUUUCUAGAAGAGGAGGAGGAGGACCUGAAAAUCACCCACCACGCAGACAACACCCUGCGGAGUUUUUGCAAGUGGCAGAAAGCCAUCAACGUGAAAGCGGACACUCACCCGCUACACCAUGACGUCGCCGUCCUACUCACGAGGAAAGACAUCUGUGCUGCCAUGAAUCGUCCAUGCGAGACGCUGGGCUUGUCUCAUGUCUCGGGCAUGUGCCAGCCCCACAGGAGCUGCAACAUCAACGAGGACACCGGGCUUCCUCUGGCGUUCACCGUGGCCCAUGAGCUCGGACAUAGUUUUGGGAUUCAGCAUGACGGAAGCGGCAAUGACUGUGAGCCAGUUGGGAAAAGACCUUUCAUCAUGUCUCCACAGCUCCUGUACGACACCUCGCCCCUCACCUGGUCCCGCUGCAGCAGGGAAUACCUCACCCGCUUCCUGGACCGCGGUUGGGGGCUCUGCCUGGACGACCCACCAGCCAAAGAUGUGAUAGACUAUCCCUCCAUCCCGCCGGGAGUCCUCUACGAUGUCAGCCACCAGUGCCGGCUACAGUACGGACCCUACUCCACCUUCUGUGAGGACAUGGAUAGCGUCUGCAGCACACUGUGGUGCUCCGUGGGGAACACGUGUCACUCCAAGCUGGACGCGGCCGUCGACGGAACCAAAUGUGACGAGAAGAAGUGGUGCUUCAACGGGGAGUGCGUGCACAUGGGGUACCGCCCAGAGUCCAUCGACGGAGGCUGGGGCGCUUGGAGCUCCUGGGCCGCCUGCUCACGGACUUGCGGUGCCGGACUGCAGAAUGCGGAGCGGCAGUGCAACAGGCCCACGCCAAAAUAUGGUGGCAAAUAUUGCGUUGGGGAACGAAAGCGCUUCAGGGUCUGCAGCAUGAAGACCUGCCCCCCGGACCAGCCGUCCUUCCGCCACAUCCAGUGCAGCCGCUUUGAUGCCAGGCCCUACAAAGGGAAGCUUUACAAGUGGACCCCAGUUCCUAAUAACAUUAAUCCCUGUGAACUGCACUGCCGUCCAGAGAACGAGUUCUUUGCAGAGAAGCUCCGCGACGCAGUCAUCGAUGGGACUCCUUGUUUUGAGGGGAACUCCAGCCGGGACAUGUGCAUCAACGGGAUCUGUAAGAAUAUCGGCUGUGACUUCGAAAUCGAUUCCUACGCCGUGGAGGACCGGUGUGGCGUGUGCCAAGGGGACGGGUCCACUUGUCAAACCGUCAAGAAGACCUUUGAGAAGAGCGAGGGGCGGGGUUACGUCGAUGUCGGGCUGAUCCCCGCUGGGGCGCGAGAGAUUCAGAUUGAGGAAGUGGCCGAAGCUGAGAACUUCCUGGCGCUGAGGAGCGAAGAUCCAAAGAAGUACUUCCUGAAUGGCGACUGGACCAUCCAGUGGAAUGGCGACUACGAGGUGGCUGGGACAACCUUCACCUACGAGCGAACGGGGAACUGGGAGAACCUCACCUCUCCGGGCCCCACCGAGGAGCCCGUGUGGAUCCAGCUCUUAUUCCAGGAAAAGAAUCCAGGCGUCCGCUACCAAUACACGAUACAAAGGGAGUCUGAUAGCGAGAAUGAGAUUACCCCAGCCGAGUUCUUCUGGCAGUACGGAUCCUGGACGAAAUGCACGGCCACCUGUGGAACAGGUGUUCAGCGGCAGACGGUGCACUGCGUGGAGAAGGUGGCCGGCGUGGUGGAGGAGCAGUUCUGUGACGUGCUGAGCCGGCCCGAUGACAAGCGGAGGAGCUGCAGCGAGGAGCUGUGCCCAGCCAGGUGGUGGGUCGGAGAAUGGCAGGCGUGCUCGGCCACGUGUGGUGAUGCCGGGCUGACGAGGAGGAGCGUCCUCUGCCUUCAGAGCGUGGCCCCGGACGAGCAGCGGGCUCUGCAGCCCAGCGCAUGCCGGCACCUCUCCAAGCCCGACGCCACGGCCCCCUGCAACCGAGAGGUCUCCUGCCCGGCGUGGUGGAUCGUGGGCAACUGGUCUGAGUGCUCAGCGACCUGUGGGAACGGAACGCAGUGGCGCCCAGUUUAUUGCCCCGGUGAUUCCAGAGUGAGCUGUGAUCUGGCGCAGAGGCCGUUGUCUAGAACUGCCUGUUCCUUGCAGCCAUGCCAGAAGAAGGCCGAAAGCGCCCUCCUCGACUGGUCCGGCAGCGGCUCCUCCAGCCGGGAACUCUUUAACGACAUCCACUUCCUUCCAAAGGAGCGUCUCCCAAAAUAUAUCCCUCUGGGGCCCAACGCGGAAGACUUCAACGUCAUAACGGAGGACGAUUUUUCCUCAAACGGCAACAAAAAGGGAAACGUGUUUGUAGAUGAUUUUUACUACGAUUAUAAUUUUAUCAACUUCCACGAAGAUCUGUCUUACGACGUGGUUGAGGAAAAGGACAGCAGGAGAACGGACGCGAAGCCAGACGUUGGAGCGGAAACGGUCGACCACGAGAAGGACCCUGCAGGAUCACAGCCCAGAUUUCUCCCUCCCCUAAAAACAGCGAGUGGAUUCACGACGCUUCCCACCAGUGGGCAGAACGUUGAAGACGAACUGGAUGGCGUUCGGGACAGGAACACCGUUGUCGAUUUGCGCAAUACUUCUGUUGUGAGCUCCACAGCCACCUCCUUCCCGCUCCAGAGUGAGGUCACACAAACUACUCUUUGGGAAGACAGCCUCUCCACUUCCGCAACGGGAGGACAUUUCCCUUUUCCCAGCAGUGGCCCCGUGCCCCUGGAUGACACCCAAGGAGACUCUCUUACGCGUGCAGUUUUGAAAGAAGACACGGCAGCCACGGUUUCCUCCACCGGCUUCCCUUACUCGGUCUUUCUGACUUCAUCCCCCGCAUCUGGAACGAAGGAAGUCCCGAUGAGUGCAGUCACGGUGCCAGCUGCCGGAAUGGGUGGGCCGCCCCCGCUCUUCCCUCACCAGUCCUUUCCGUCUGCGGAAGCCACCCCAGGCCUUUCCACUACUCAGGGAAGGAGAGAGGAAAGCGAGGAUCCCGAUUACAUCACGAGCUCACGCAGUAACGAAAAGGACCAGACCGGCACGGAGGGUCCCCAGAUCCACCAGCUCUAUCCCAGCGGUGUUAAGCCCAGAGAGGAAAGCCCAGCCACGGCCACUUCUGUGUACCAGGAGGCCACAGUCGGACGUGGAAACGAGGUGCCUGGAUCUUCCCCAUCGAGCUCAUUAGAUCGUCCGUCCUCUACGGAGCCCAGCGUUUGGGAGCAGAAAGUCACCUCCCCCGGCCGUCUCCCUCCGUCGCUGCCCACGCCAAGACAGGAGAAGGCCAAUGAAAUAAAGGCGGAAUUGGACACCAAGUUCACAUCUUCCCACAAGGACCAAGAACUGUACAGAAAGAGCAACACAGUGCUGGGCAAAAACUCGCCCAAUGGCGUCCAGUGGACGUUCACCGACAGCGACGGAGUCCUUGGGCCCCGCCUCAACACUGAGAAGCAACAGGAAGUGGAAGGGGAGGAGGCGUCCUCCUUGGCACCGUCUGCGACCGUCACACCCGUCCCCGGGGCCCGCUGGGAAGCCGGAAACUGGAGUGAGUGCUCGACCACCUGUGGCCUGGGUGCCAUUUGGAGGACGGUGCGGUGCAGCUCCGGCGUGGAAGCAGACUGCGGCGCCACCAGGAAGCCCAUCCCUGCCCGCAGGUGUUACUUAAGACCAUGUUCUUCCUGGCACGUUGGCAACUGGAGCAAGUGCUCCAGGACCUGCGGAAGUGGCGUGAAGGUUCGGGACCUCAGCUGCAUCGACACACGAGACCUGCGGCCUCUUCGUCCGUUUCACUGCCAGGCCGUCCUCUAUAAGCCCCCGGCCAAGAUGCCCUGCCAGACCCAAGACUGCCUGGACUGGUACACCUCGUCCUGGAGGGAGUGUUCCGAGCUGUGUGGAGGAGGAGAGCAAGAGCGCCUGGUCACCUGCCCAGAGCCCGGGAGGUGCGACGAAGCCCUCCGGCCCAACAACACGAGACUCUGCAACACCCACCCCUGCACCAAGUGGACGGUGGGAUCCUGGGGGCAGUGCACGGCCACGUGUGGCGGAGGCGUCCAGAGGAGGCAAGUGAAGUGUGUGGACGUGAAGACUGGCGAGGCGGAAGAGGACAGUGGCCGGUGCGAUCACGAGCAGCGGCCAGAGAAGACCCAGAAGUGUGGUCUCCAAAACUGCCCCCACAGUGAGCCAGGCUUCCUCUGUGAGCGGGACCGUCUCUCCUUCGGCUUCUGCCAGACGCUGCUCUUCCUGGGGAGGUGCCACCUGCCCACGGUCAGCACGCAGUGCUGCGAGACCUGCCACCAACACGGCCGCGGCCCCCGGGAUCGUGGGAACGAGCGUGCCUCCCGGAGGUGAAGACUCCUCUUCCGGCAGCUGGGCGGUGAAGAGGAUCAGGAGGGUCUCCGGGAGACCACGUUCCACGAAGCAGGUCCCUCCCAGCCGGGGUGGGCAAAGAGUCUGUCUGUUCACCAUGUCGGGGUCUCGCCUGGGGCUCUGGUUAAGGCCCCCAGAUGGCAGGUGGGGCGGCCGGGGAGGGGCCGGAAGUGGCCAGGCGGUCCCACGUCCGACCAAUGAGCAUUCGAAGAAAAGAGG